AUGUCCAAAGUCCUGGUGGGCGACGUGUAUGCCAAAGUCAUCGGCGACGUCUGUGAAUGGUCUCGGCAGGAUUUCGAGGAGGGCGGCGUGGAACUGGCAACUCUAGAUCUCUUGAAAUCGGAAUGGCAGAAGAAGCUGUCUGGCCUCAAGGUCGCUCAUUUGCCGUGGGACCCUCCGCCGGCGCCUAUCAUCAAAGACCAACCAACGGUUCCUAGCAACGCCAAAGCGAUCCCACUGACCCUCCCCAGCAAUGGCAACACUGUCACAAACACUCCUCAACCUCCACCUCCGCCAGCGCCAGCACCGGCCGCCCCCUCUGCAAUUCCUAUCAAGUCCGAAAACAAGGCCCCUUCUUAUCCUCCACAAGCUCCAGCACAGCAGUAUCAGGCUCCCGCUUUCCAGCAAGGCGAACCGAUGACAGCUCGUGACCGUGCCGCCAUGAAUCUGCAUCAGAGCUUUGGACAACGAGCAGGACCUCAGAUUGCACAACUCCAAUCCAACCAGCCCCGGAUCCCUUUGCAGCCAUCUGCACCGCCAACAGGCACCUUCAUCAAACAGGAAGAUGGGCCAUCAAGUUUUUCCGGAGUUCAAGACUAUCCUUCCGACGUCAAGCCACAGAUACCCACGCCACUCAAGUCGAGCCAGACCGAUGGAGCUGAUGACUCUCGCGAUACGUGGGCUACUGAGUAUGCUCGGCGGAAAGCGUUGGCUGCCGCACAUGGUGCCGAAAGUGACCGUCUCAUGCGAGCACAUUUUCAGGCGAAGCAACAAGAGCUCGAAGGCGGCGGUCUUCUCCUGAACCUCGAAGAACGCAACAUGCCCAGCUAUUCGCUUUCCCGUAAACUGAAGAGUCUGACCGGCGAAGGACCAUCUACCACUCCGUCCCUCACACGUGCCCAGGCGGAUGCGACAGGAGAUGACGAGGAUGAUGAAGAGGAUGAAGACGCCAUCAAUUCCGACCUCGACGACCCAGAUGAGUUGGCUGCCAACGAAGAAGAUGGGGAGAAUACCGACCAGGUCAUGCUCUGCACAUACGACAAGGUGCAGCGCGUCAAGAACAAGUGGAAGUGCACGCUCAAGGAUGGCAUCUUCCGCGUUGGCGGCACCGAGUAA